CCUUUUCUUCAUUGUUGGAAUCCGAUAGACUGUGUCCCUCUUCUCCAACAUGAUUGCUCUUCUUCCAGUCGACUGCUCAAAGACUUCUUCUCAAUGGUGUUCUCCCACCUAUUCGGUAUCAAAGAGUGCCUAGGGUUCGAUUUGUAAAUGAAGGUGGGACGGGGGAACCAUGGUGGGGUUUGUACAGUAUCUUUUUACUCUUGAGGAGGAGAUUGCUGUGCUUUAUGUGUAUGAAAUUUAGCUUGAGCCUCCAUUAGGUUCAAGGGAAAGUACUUGGAAAGUUCUUGAUGCAAUUAAUUUAACUUAUUGCUGGAAAGCUUAUUUCAAUGGUUGCCGCUUUUUUAUCUUAAAUUGGAUUGAAUUUGAUUUCCUUGAGUUUUAUCUUUUUUGUAGAAUCAAUGGGUAAGAGUUGCAAGCUGAGAUGGUUUAAUCAAUUGGAUCUAAGGAUCGACGUGAGCUUUUACAGAAAAAGAUUAGGAGAGGCUGAUGGAAGCUCACAGGAUCUAUGAUAAUAAAUGGACAACUGUGUAUAGGAGGAUGGAAGAUCCAAGUCACCCUGUUUUUUGAUUUUUGAUUUUAUUUUUUGUUGCUUGAUUAAUGCCAUUAAAGAGUUGAAGUGUGGUUGGAGCAUAUGAAACAUAAGUUGACCAAGGAAGGGAACGGAAAGAAAAGAAGAAAAUGAGUUCUUUGAAUGGAUUUUGUAUUGGCAACUUGAUCUUUGUUGUAAUUGAGUUAAUUUUGAUAGUUUGCGUAUGGGCAUCUUUUC